UACUCCUUCCUGGUUUGACAUGCACGGCGAUCUCCCUUGUCUUCAAUCUCACGUUGCGACGACGACUCCUCGCGUAUCCUCUGCCUUUUCAAUCGACGCGAUAAGUACGUUUGGUGUUCUUCAGCUUGUGCCACAGAAAACAGUAGGAGAUCACCGAUUCGGAGGGAUGGAAGAUUGAUGUGUUCGCUCUGUUGAUUCCAUUAAUCGAACAGGCUCCAUCAAAUCAAGGGCCAGAAUCCAGAUCGACGGUGAUAAGUCGUUCGUUCCAACCCACUAAGGAAUUCUCAGCCGUCGGCUCCCUAAGCCGCCUCAUGCAUCUCCGCUCCCCCAGUCUCCGACACCUCGAGCGAGCCCACGCUCACCUCCUCAAGCUCGACCCGUCCCUCUCCUCCUCCACCGCCGGCACUCUCCUCUCCCUUUAUCCCCUCGCCGCUCAUGGCGGCGCCUCAUACGCCAAAUCCCUCUUCUCUCAAUUCCUCCGACCCUCGGUUCUCCACUGGAACACCUUUAUUCGAGGCCUCUCCUCUGGCGAGAACCCUCACGAAGCCAUCCGUGUCUUCCGUUCCAUGCUCCGCGGAGGCUUUCUACCCAACAACUUCACGUACCCGUUCCUUCUCAAGGCAUGCGCAGCGUGCGCGUCGGAAUCGUACGGUUGCGCCGCGCAUGCGCGUAUCGUGAAGACCGGGCUGGAGCUCGAUCCUUACAUACAGAGUGCCUUGAUUCAUGCGUACUCCGAGUGUAAGGAUCUUGGCGCCGCUCGCCGGGUGUUCGACCAGUGCGACGACCGGGAGACCGUCUGCUGGAAUGCCAUGAUCGACGGGUACGUAAAAGCCGGAGAGUUGGACCUCGCGCGGGGCGUCUUCGAUAGGAUGGAGCGCAAGGAUGUUGUCUCGUGGAACACGAUGAUUAAUGGUUGUGCGAUUCUGGGGGACUUGAGCGAGGCGCGAAAGCUGUUCGCCGGAAUGCCCCAGAGGAAUGUGGUUUCCUGGAACUCCAUGCUCGCCGCUCACGCGAAAUGCGGGGAUGUCGAGGGGGCUCGCACGGUGUUCGCCGAGAUGCCGAAGCGCGACAUCAUCUCGUGGAACACGAUGUUGGCGUGUCUAGCGCAAAGCGGGUGCUCCGAAGAAGCUCUUGCGCUAUUCGAUGAGAUGAGGCGCACCGACGAGAAGCCGACCGACGCGACGAUGGUGAGCUUGUUAUCAGCCUGCGCGCACUCGGGAGCUUUGGAUCAAGGGGAGCAACUCCACGCAUCCAUGGCAGAGCACAAGAUAAAGCUCAAUACCAUCCUGAGCACCGCAUUGGUAGACAUGUACGCGAAGUGCGGAAGCAUAUCACGCGCAGCGGAGAUCUUCUACGCCAUCGAGCAAAAGGAUCUACUUGCAUGGAACGCAAUGAUCGGCGGAAUGGCCAUCCACGGACGUGCUGAUGAAGCGCUUCAGCUGUUUGAUGAAAUGACCAAGAGCGGCGUGAGGCCGGACGACAUCACGUUCGUGAUGGUUCUCACCGCCUGUAGUCACGCGGGAAUGGUGAAAGAAGGCAGGCGGAUGCUGAGCUGCAUGAAGGAUAGCCAUGGAAUCGAUCCGAAGCUGGAGCACUAUGGAUGCAUCAUCGAUCUCUUGGCACGCGCGGGCUUGUUCGAGGAGGCAGCGGAGCUUACAAGAGCGAUGCCGAUGGAGCCCAGCGCGCCUGCCUUGGGGGCUCUGCUUGGUGGGUGCAGGAUUCACAGGAACAGCGAGGUUGCAGAUGGUGUUGGCAGACACCUUCUUCACCUUCAACCGGGGCACAGCGGCCGGUACGUCCUGCUAUCCAACAUCUACGCGACAGCCGGUCGCUGGGAUGAUGCCAAGGAAGUCAGAGGCAGGAUGCUGAUAAAUGGAGUAGCCAAGACGCCUGGUAUGAGCAUGAUAGAACCCAAUGGCACACCAAGUUCUGCCUCAAGCUGAUGGAGAUAAAACAAAGGAAGACGAGGAGGAGCAAGCGGUGUCUGUGCACGGUGAGAAGUUGACCAUUGCUUUCGGGGCUCUUGAAAACGAGCUCCGAGGCUGCCAUUACCGUCAUCAAGAAGCAGCUCAGAGUAUGCAGUGAUUGCCAUGGUGUUGGCAAGCUGAUCUCAAAGGUUCAAGGAAGAGGGGCUGGAGCAUACUUGAAGCUCAAUCCAAGAUGCAGUGGUAGUAAAACAUCAAUCGGCUGACAGAAGAAAAGUCUGCUUCAAAUUUUGAUCAUGUUUAAAUGUACACAACAUUGGGUCAACAGAACGUUCAGAGCUAAUAGUCUUCUGCACAAAAGACGAUAUGAAUCGGUUGCCACUAUAAAACACACAAUCUGUAAGGAUAAAGAUUGCAACCACUUACAGUGGUGGUCUGCAGAUUACAGAAAACAUAAGUGGUGUCAUUUCUGUGUGCUUUCAGUCUUCUCAGCAGAUGUGAAGGAGACGGGGUAAUGUGGAUCUUCUUUCACAGUCAGGCUCAGCACCUCAGGCCUCGAGUAGUGUCCAACCACAUCGAAAACAAACUUGGCUCGCACGAUUUCUUCAAGAUCUACAUAUCAUGCGUAAUUUUCAUACCUAGAUCCGCUGAGAUGAGGGCCUCUCCUUCGUAGUUGGGACCAGCCAAGACUGCGCCUGAUGGUGAAACGAUGACGCUUCCUCCAGCACACACAACAGAAUCCAUCGAUGGUUCUUCCUCUGCACCUGCAAAGACAUAGUCAGGUGGUGGAGGAUAGUCCUUUCUCCUGCAAAACUGGUUUGCGGACAGCACAAAGCAGCCACCCUCAAGAGCAAUAUGCACCAUGGAAGCUUGCCAAACAUCCCUGGCAUCUGCUGUGGGAGCACAAUAUAUUUCGACGCCUGCAGAACAAUGGUACAGGCAACAGUAAAGGAUUUGUUUCUUCUUUCUUUUCUUUUUUCCUUCUACAAAAGCACACCAUCUGAUUGAUGGAUUAUUAAUAAAAUAAAAUUGUUUAUCAAUGUUAAA